AUGGCUGAGAUCGGCAACGACAAGAUCAAUCUGCUGACGAGCCAGGAUUCAUACGAGUUGCGUAUUGAUAUGGAGGACACCAGCGGCAACAAAAGAGCACUAGCUCCGCGCAUUUUUCAUGCUAGCAGCCGGAGAAGGAGACGAGAGAUAACUCUCUCAGCUUGGGCGACUACAGUGGCGACGCAGACUAUUUCCUUGAACAAUGUGAAAGUGCUAAUAGUGGAGACGUGCGCCAAUAUUGAGGCCCAGCGCACUGCUCUCCACAGCGGUCACGCGCCGAGGUUUGUAGUUUUAGGUGAAGAUGACCAGAAGCUCGAUUCAGCGUCUAGUUUGCCGGUAAAUAGAAACAGGCCACAUGUCAACAGGAUUCACUUCUGCAGACGUCGGGAUGAACUGGCGAAGCACGCUGUGGCGAAAGAAUUGGCUAACACAAUCCAAUGUUCCCAUGUGUCCAACACGGGAUAUCCAAAAUACAAGGCUGGCUGGUGGUAUGGCAAGUGUCACACGUCCAACCUGAACGGCCUUUACCUACUCGGGACUCACGUUUCCUUCGCCGACGGAAUCAACUGGCAAACAUGGCGGGGCUAUAAUUACUCACUGAAGCGCACAGACAUGAAGAUACGACCAAGCAAUUAUCGCAACUAG